AUGGAGCCCAUGGACAUCGUCGGCAAGUCGAAGGAGGACGUCUCCCUUCCUAAAGGUGCUCCAUGGCUGUCCUCGUUUUCUGGGACCUGUUUUUCCGAUAUUAUUAUCGACUAUGAGGUCGAAAUGCGCUUCUCUCGAUUAUCCUGGUAUUUUGUUUCUACAUAGCUGUUCAUGUUACCCCCGCGUCUUAGGUGUUGGAUUCUGGGGGUUUGUCCCUAUCGGUAGCGUGAUGGUGUUUUAUUCUUUCACGUUCCUCGAGCAAAUUAUUCCUUAGGUGCUUCCGUGUUUACCAUGCGAUUUGAACUUGGGGAUCGAAGUCCUGGGCUUCAAUUUUUUAAGCGUAUAUCCUAAAUUGAUUCGGCAUCUGUCACAAUUGGUACUCAGGAAGGGGCGUUCAACGUGUCUUUGUUUAUUGAAAUGGAUUAGGUCUGGAUAUUCGGGAGUUGCAAAGAGAAUUAAUGGUUCUGAACACUAUAGAAAAUCUCCUUUUAAUUAAUUGGAAGUUACAAAUUUGUGGGUUCAUUACGUGACAUAUUUGGGUUGAAAAUACGAUUUGUGGUAGACGAACGGACAAUAUGUAAUGGGUAUGGGUGGCAUCGUAGUACUGACCAGAGUUUGGCGAUUAGGGAUAAAGUAGUUGGUGAAGACGCACUAGUAGUCCCAUUUCAUACUUUUAUUUCCUUGAUAUGUGCCUUCUGUCUAAGUAGAACUCUUAAACCUGUUGGGCCAAGAUAAUGUGCUGUCGCACAAUUGAUUAAUGAGCUCAUUGGUCCUGAAAUAGAGGCCCUCUGUAAAAUGAAUUCAGUAAUGUUUGAAAGACAUCCCAAUUUGAAAGUAAAAGUAUUUGAUUUUCCUCAUAUCAAUUUUGAGAUCACCUGAAGCAAGAACACGAAGCAAUUUCUUUGUCGACUAGGUGAAAAAAAAAUUAUGCUUCUCUUUAUCAGAAAAAUCUUUAUUUUUUUUAGAUCUGGGAUCCCAUAGUCUGGAAGUCCCUGUAAUCUGUGUCUUAUUUUUCUUUAUCAAUGUUAAUCUCUCAUAUUACUUUGGAAAGUGUGAAAGCAGAGAGAGAGAGAGAUAGGGACACUCCAUGACCAAGUCUUCAUGGUAAGAGAGGGCAUUUUGGAUGGUUGGAGGCUCCGCUAUAAAGCAAAAUCCAUGGAACUCUCCAUAUGUUGGCAACCGUUUAAAUGGAGUUGGCGGCAAUAUUCCUAUUAAGGAUUCUCUACCAAUUUUUUGUACUCUACGUGGAGGGAAGAGCAAGGGAGUCAAUAAUGGGGGUUAAUCUUUUAAGAAAAACAGGCCAAUGGGCUAGUUAAUUCUUCCACCAUGAGGCAAACCCAUAGAACUCUCAAUGUUCUUGGUAGAGAAUAUGGGAAUGGUCAUACAAGGGUGUGUGGUCACUUGUGGUAUUUAACCAUUUCUGGCUUUAUACUCUUUUUAUUUCAGACCAUACAAAGAAUCCUCCAUAAAAAAAAAAAUUGCCAUCAAAAUUGGCUGCCUAUGAUGACUUAUCGAAUAAAUUCGUGUAUUCUAGAUUGAUAGUGUUACCUUUUUCACACUCUUUUUACGAAAGAUACCGUUUAGUUUUGCAAUACCUUGUCCUCUGUAUCGUGAGUGUGCUAGGUGACCCCCUGGUUCAUUCAAUUUAACCUUCCAAGAACCUGGAAAUAUCUGAGUUGGAGUAUUGUUGGAUUUGACUGCCUAUCUAUUCUCAGAUGAAACUGGUGCUGUUGGCCCAUUCCUUGAUUGAAAAUACGCCAAUCUCUUGAUGUGCAGUGUACGUGCACAAAUGUCCUUGCUUACUGUUUUCCUUUGACAAUCCAUUGAUGGUUUGAUAUGCUAUAUUCUGUUCAUUUGUCAACUGUGCUCUCAUUGUCGUUGAUUCAUCAACGUGAGUCUCCUUUUACUGCAACCCACGGCAUAACCAAGCUCCAAACAUUUUCAGGCCUAUUGAAAGGCAGAAAGUUCGGUUUCUAUAUAUUUUGUCGCAAUAUUUAUGUCACGAGGUAGCCGUAUCUACCAGUUUUCUAUCCGAUACUUUUUUGUGAUGCAUUCUGGUUAAACUUCAAAUCUUGGCUUAAGUCCUUUAUUAUUGCAAAUUAAAGUGUUACAUAUCGAGGUAAAUUAUAUCUAAUGGUAAUGCUGGUGGCAACUUUGCCCCAUGAAAGUUACUGAAACAUCUAGAAUGUUGUUCUGCUGGCACUCAUAUUAUCUUUGGUUAUCCAGCGACUAUGUUUAAGAUUAUCAAGGAGAUGUUGCCACCUGAUGUCCGUGUCGCAAGAGAUGCACAAGAUCUUCUUGUUGAAUGCUGCGUAGGUAAGCAACAAAGUUUUGACCAUCUCAUUUGCUUACUUUAACUGUGGUGUUCAUGAGAGCCUUGAUCUCCAGAUCUAUUGCCUCUCUAAAAAUUAGGUCUGUCUUAGGACUGGUCUGAGCAAAGCGUACAAGCCAUUUUAUAUUCCUUUGAAUGACUACAGAUGACAAUCUUACACCGCUCUUCCACAGCAUGAGAAAAUAUUUUAAAGUCUCUAGUUUCAGAAUAUGUCGUGUUGCUUCCUUGUUUUUAUUGAAAUUUUAGUUGCUAUGUUCCCUGCUUUUUUCUUAAUAUUCCGUGCUGUAGUCCUACUCCAAAAUCGCCAAUCGCAUUUUCCUUUUUACUCUCAUUCUUGAGGCAAGUGGGCUGGCAGAUAGAGUAAUUGUCUUCUUAUGAUUUAUUUUAUUCAGAGUUCAUCAACCUUGUCUCAUCAGAGUCUAACGAAGUGUGUAGUCGAGAGGACAAAAGAACAAUUGCUCCUGAGCAUGUUAUCCAGGCUUUAAAGGUUUCUGAUCUUGACCUUACUCCAUAUUUAUUUCAUUAAACAAUGUUUUAUUUGUCUGCAUAGUUUUUUUUUCUAGUAAUAUUUUCCCUCCCAACACUCCCUUCAAGUUCAAACUUCCAAAAAAAUUUGAAGGAUAUCCUUACUCUAUAUGUGGCUAGCUAUGAUCUCUUGCAUGUGCCUUUGUGGCACUGCAAACAAUGUGGUUUAGUAAGAUGUAUUGGCGAGGGCCUUGAAGAAGGAUUAUCAUGUGGAGCGUGGACUGCCAUGCCUAUCCAAUGAUGGUUAAUCUUCUUCUGCUGCUAUCUUAGUUCCAUACUUCUUAUGAUCCUGUGUUCAUCCUUUGAAUCGAUCUUCACUUCGCCCUCCUCUCUGUGUGCUCUGGUCUAUAUUUGUUUUAUUAUGUUCAUGUUCUCUGAAAUUGGCCUCCUAAUUGUGAUUUAAUUAGGCAAUAUGUUCCUUACGUCUCUAUGCCUCUCGUACCAUCCCAGGAUCUUGGGUUUGGGGAAUACAUCGAAGAAGUCUAUGCCGCCUAUGAGCAACACAAGCUGGAGACCCUGGUUUGUUCUCUCUCAGAGUUGUACAAAUUAGUAUUGUUAAAUAAUAAUAGCCCUGACCGCUUUCCACCCCUUCAUUUGUCACGGUCUUGUUUUAAACCCUAAUUUUUGGGUAACAAAGCCCAGAUGAUUUUCUUCUCAUUGUUUAGCCGCCCGCAUCUGUAAGUUACCAAUCAUGGAGCUUUAAUGAUGAAACUAGAAAGCAUUGUGGAGCCAUAAAAAAGGGCCCCCUUGGCGCAUAUUCUGUCCGUCUUUCUCACGGCUUCUCGAGCUCCUCCUCCCUCGAGAUGUUAACGGGCGGAAUUGGUGGUGGUGGUGGUGGCCAACAGGACUCCCCGAAGGCAGGGAAGUGGAGCGGGGUGGAGAUGACCGAAGAGGAGGCGUUGGCCGAGCAGCAGCGGAUGUUCGCCGAGGCCCGCGCGAGGAUGAACAACGGGAUCAGCAUCCAGAAGCAGUCGGACUCGGACAGGAGCGUAGAAAGCUGA